AUGGAGACGGAUGGAGAGCAGAACCAGCAGGGGGCCUCGACCAAUGGGAACGCCACAUCUGGGACGAGCUCCCGCCCCUCUCCGAUGAACUCCAUGUCGCUGUAUGAAAGGCAGGCGGUGCAGGCCUUGCAGGCGUUACAGAGGCAGCCCAACGCAGCGCAGUACUUCCAGCAGCUGAUGUUGCAGCAGCAGAUCAACAACGCCCAGCUGCAGAACCUGGCCGCUGUGCAACAGGUAAAGGUGUGUCUGGCUGCCAGCCGUCAGUCGAGUCCUUCCAGCAGCAGCUCUUCUCAGAACAUCAGCACCACAGCUGCCAGUGUAACAUCUGGAUCAGGGUCCAGUACCAGCAGCCGUCCUAUGGGCGCCACGGCAACGUCAGCAAUCAGCCAAUCGGUGCUGCUGAGCGGGACGGCAGGCGGGCAGGGACAAAUGUACCUGAGGGUGAACCGUUCCCUGAGGUCGCCCAUCUCCUCACAGCUCAUCUUCAUGCCCGGCAACACUGCAACAGCUGCCGUGGCAACCGUCACCCAGCAGCCCCAGGCUCAGCAGCAGCAACAGCAACAGGAAGUGACACAGACUUCCUCUUCCAGCAGCCAAUCAGAUAACGAUCAGGUGCAGAACCUUGCUAUGAGAGGUAUGUCCAGUGCUAAAGGUGUUGGAGUUAAAACUGAAGCCCCAGAGCGGAGCGACUCAGCUGCGUACUCCCUGGUCCAGUCCUCCCACCAGUCUAACAACCAGUCCCCUUCUAAACCAAGCCAGCCUCAGCCGCAGCCCCCCCACAUCAAGAUCCCCACCUACCCUCAGCCCACCAACCUCAAAGCCCACCCGGUUCCUUCCUCCUCCGGCUCCUCGUCCUCCUCCUCUUCCUCCACCUCCUCCAUCCCUCUCUCCCAGCUCCUGCUUCACGGCACCCGGACCCUCACCACGGUAACCACGUCUCCCACGGCGGCGCACACAUUGGUGCUGACGUCGAACGCCACGUCCCAGCCCCACUGUUACCCGGUCGGCACGGCGACCAUCAAACCGGCCGUCAACGCUCAGACUCUGGUGGUGCAGCCGCUGCAGAAGGCGUCGCUCGGCGCCGAGAAGUCGGGUCAUGGUAACGGACCCAUCCCCAUCCAACCCAAAACUCUGCAGGGUCUCCGUCUCCCUCUCCAGCUGCCUUCCAGGAACCCCCCACCCAUCUUGCCCGCCCCUCCGCCCGUCAGCAGCUCCGCCCAGCCCCCCCAGCCCCCCCACAUCCCGGUCCAGAUCGUCGGCGCCAGGCAGAGCACGCUGGGUAACGCUCAGGCUCUGGCUCUGGCUCGGGGAAGCUGCAGCCAGGACGGAGCCGCCGUCCUCACCAGCUCGUCCAGCCUGCUCACCAUGGUGGCGUCCAUCGCCUCCAGGGAGGGCGGGGUCAUGAGCAGAGGGGUGGGGCUAAAAACCCUCCAGUUGCCCCAAGAGGUUCCCCCAUUGGCUCAGGUCUCUCAGGUGCAUCCGCAGUCCAAUCAGAGCUCCGGACCGAGUCAGAACGGACCUUUAACUUCGAGCCCUGCUUCCUCCCAGUCCCUCAGCGUUCCCUCUGCUUCCCCCUCGCUGUCCCGCUCAGCGCUGUCCCUCCCGCUGCCAGCGGAGGAGCAGAGAGGAGCAGCUGGUGUGACCACCAAUGGAGACUCAGCAGGAAGUCAGACAUCACAGGGAAAGCAGAUGACCGGUUCACUUAAAAGGAAAUCUGACUCAAAUGCAGCUAAUGAUGAAGAUGGCCCCUCCCCCCCACAGCUCCAGCCAAUCAGAGAUCACGCCUCAGCACUACCGACCAAUCCCAUCGAAGCAGUCCCUGUUGCUCUUCCUCCUCCAGCCUCCUCCUCUUCCUCCUCCUCUUCCUCUCCCUCCCCAGCUCUGUCGGUGUCCAGAGGGGGCUGCACUCAGGGGGAGAGAGCUCCUCCUCCUCAGGCCGUGGUCAAACCGCACGUCCUCACGCAUCUCAUAGAGGGCUUCGUCAUCCAGGAAGGGGCGGAGCCUUUCCCUGUGUGUGGUUCGGUUAAAGACUCGACUGGCGAGGAUUUAACGAACGACAGCCCGGACACUAAUCAAUCAGAGACCGUUACCACAGCAACAGUACUGAAGUGUGAGUACUGUAAAAACUUUGCUCCUGCCAGCCAGUUCAGAGGCACCAAAAGGUUCUGCUCCAUGACGUGUGCCAAGAGUAUGUAUUGGUUCCCCAGGUACAACGUGAGCUUCAGGCAGCACUACUGCAUGCGGCAGGGUCUGGGCCAGGGUCAGGAUCACGCCGCGGGUCAGGACCAAGGCCAGGGUCACAUGUCCAACUCGGACGAGGAGGGAGGCAUCGCCAGGCGGAGGGUUCCCCGAAGGACCAGCUCAGAAAUAGCCAGUGCCAAGAUAGCAGGGAGACCGAUUCCUGUGAAGUGCCGUUCAGAGUCCAGCCAUUCAGAGGAGGAGUCCAGCGUAGAGGAGGAUGAAGACGACCCCAUGUCUCUCUCGCCGGCCUCCUCAGCUUCCUGCCACCAGCCUCCUCCUCCUCUGCACCCGACGGAGAGCUCUCCGCCCGGCUGCCUCACCCUGAACCCCGCCCAGUGGAGCGUUGAGGAUGUAUCACAGUUCAUUUCCUCGCUGCAAGGCUGUGAGGAUCUCGCCUCUCAGUUCCUGUCGCAGGAGAUCGACGGCCAGGCUCUGCUGCUGCUGAAGGAGGAGCAUCUCAUGUCCACCAUGAACAUCAAGCUGGGUCCUGCACUCAAAAUCUGCGCUCACAUUAACAACCUGAGAGACUGA